GUUUCUUAUCCAAACCUCCGGAGCUCUCUGAUGGAAAAGACUCGUCUGGAAAGCAUCCGACGAUCGGGCUCUCGGUUAGCGGAGACAGCAGGCGCGGCCACGGUCGAGGCGAUGCUUUUCAAGGGAUGAAAGAUCAGUCGGUCUUUUAACCCCUUCUGUGCCGCGAUCCACGAACAAUCGAGAAGAUGAUGCGUCAAGUGUCCACCAGCGACUUCUGCCUCAACAGUCGCCCCUCGUGUCUGGCAGAGGACGCCCACCUCCCUGCGCCCCAUUUUGACCUCUGCGCCUCCCAAACCAGCAAGUUCUACACCCCGAACCCCUCGUCCCUCCAAAUGACUCUGGCGCCCAUGUCCCUCCCGCCCCCGAGCCACAAGUCCAUGCUGUGCCAGAGGCCGGAGCCUCUCGCCCUGGACUGCAGCCUGCCGGGGAAAGUGGUGGCCGCUAAAGGCCCGGAGUCGGCGACCGACGACGGCAAGAAGAAGAGCAAAGCGACGGGGAAGUCGGGGCGACGCGGGCGGCCGCUGGGCACCACCAAGCUAGCCGGGUACAGAACCAGCACGGGCCGACCCCUGGGCACCACCAGAGCUGCGGGAUUCAAGACCAGCCCGGGUAGGCCGCUGGGUACCACCAGAGCGGCCGGGUACAAGGUCAGUCCGGGCAGACCGCCGGGCAGCAUCAAAGGUCUUUCUCGGCUCAACAAACUGUCCUUCGCCGGCACUUGCAGCGGCGCGGCGUUCCCGUACCCCAUCACUCACAAAGAGGUCCUCUGUGAACCCUCCUGCAAAGAGAAGAUCCCCCCGGAGUAACCCUUCUCCCGGACAGUUUUUAACGUUGGUGUUUGUGUCGCCACACCCUGAAAUUAGACCUGACCAUGGGUUGACAUGCCAUUCUAACACUCUUAUUUAGACGGCGCUGUGUCAUGCAUCUGCCAUAAUCCUACACAGAAACCUCCCGACCUUCCUGGUCCCCUGCAGUCAGCAGCGCCUCUAAUGUUGGUCCCAUGUAAAGUGCAGAGAAAAAUGAGACACAUGAUCAGGAAUCCAUUUUCAAACCGAAGGUGUUUUUCCAUCUUAAACUGCCAGGGCUGCAACGACUAGUCAUCGUAUGAUCGAGUCGCCACCUGCAGAGGCUCCGGGACUGUCAGGACAACAAACUAUUCAAACCACAUUCUGAGCAACUGAAAUCAAAACAGCACUUAAAACAACACUCCAGAAGUGUCGACGAGUUACAAGACCACAUCGACCUGGACACGUCACACGCCGAUAUAAUCGGUGACCAAUAGAUGCAACCAUUUAGAAUGGAAUCAGAAUAAUACAUUGGAGAAUAUAAUUCAAACUAUUUGAUAGUGUUCGUAGUUCAUAUCCUAUCUUUCUUUUUAUAAUAUUUCAGUUUCAAGCACCGAUAAUCGGUGGCUUCCAAGUGUUUGGUUCACAUUACAGAGCAGCCUUGGAUUAAACUUGUCGAGCAUUUCCAAUACAUUUACCUUAUUAUCAAGGGUGUUUAAUUCCCCCAAACACGGCACAGGACAGGGACCCAAACUGAAAAGCUUCAUCCAGAUCCUGGUCGCGCUGACUGGAAAGACUUUAUUUACCAUACAUGUAUUGUUAUUUAUGACUGUAGUAACAUGGUGGUCCUACGUGCUUCACCCCAGGAUGUUCUGUUUCUCAUCUCACAUUUGAAGCAUAAAAGGAAUGUAGCGUGGAAGGAGUGAUCGCACUCACUUAUUUAAAUGUAUUUUUCUUAAAGACAUAUUCCUUGAACUAUCUAUCUGUAGCACAGAGAGCCAUCUCUGCUUCAAGUGUAAAAUCCAUGACCGCCUUUUGUGUCUUUUACUCAUUAAAUGUACCUGUACAGAAGCGUUUGCAUGCAAGUGUAACACAGCAUAUGAUACUUGCAAGAGGAAAAAAACAUUUUUUUAUUGAAAAAAAGAAAAAAGAAAUGUAUCCACAUAUUGUCAGAUGACCCUGACAGUAAUGUGUUGCUAUGAAGUGCAUGACAGUGGAACGCUCAAUAUAGUGAUGUGGAGCUAAGUUGAAUCUGAUUCUGUCAGCUUGUCUCUAUUUGUGUCUCAUAUAAAAUGUUUUGAAACAACAUGAGU